AUGCUAGCCCGCGAAAAUUCACGAGAAACGGCCAUUCCACGGCUCAGGAAGACCGCCAAUCAUGCCUCAUCUUUGGAUCAGCUUGGACAACAUGAUUCCCAAACUGUGACCGAGGAGGAUGAUGCCUUGCGCCCCGAUCUCCACGUACGAAGUAGUGACAGUAAUUACAAGAAUCUCUUCGUCGAUCAAAGUGCGCCGUUACUCAAAUAUCCGUCCCCGAGGCCGUCAACAAAUACCCAGUCGACUCUAACCCAGUCCGCUCAUUUUGAUGAUGAGACUCGUCGGACAUCGAGGAAGCAUCGUGUGAGGCGUAGCGUCAUUCAUUGGGCUCCCUUAAACAUCGGUCUUGAAAGACGACUUCAGACCUUUAUUGUCCUAUGUCAUACCUUAACAAUAGCAAUUUUCCUCACCUUUUUCUUCUUCUCAUGUGCCAUUCCAUUGUUCUGGCCACUGUUACUCCCAUAUCUUAUCUAUAUCUCGCUUUUCUCAUCGGCCGCUACAUCGGGAACAUUGGGUGGUCGAAGCAAUCGCCUGCGUUCGCUCCGGAUCUGGUCGCUUUAUGCAUCUUAUUUUCCUGCUCGGUUGCAUCGUUCAGAAGUUCUUCUUCCAACACGGAAAUACAUAUUCGGCUACCACCCACAUGGAAUCAUUUCUCAUGGAGCGUUCGCCGCAUUUGCUACCGAAGCUCUGGGAUUUUCAAGCUUGUUCCCAGGGAUCACAAACACACUUCUUACUCUCGACUCGAACUUCCGCAUCCCUUUCUACAGGGAAUACGCUCUAGCUAUGGGACUUGCUAGUGUCUCCCGCGACUCGUGUGAGAAUAUUUUGUCCAAAGGUGGGACGGAUGGCGAAGGCAUGGGUCGUGCCAUCACAAUUGUCGUCGGCGGAGCACGUGAAUCUCUUGAUGCUCUGCCACAUACCCUUCGCCUUGUGCUGAAACGUCGCAAAGGCUUCAUAAAACUAGCGAUCCGUACAGGUGCCGAUCUCGUACCCGUACUGGCAUUCGGGGAAAACGAUCUCUAUGACCAGGUGCGGUCCGACCGGCAUCCCAUAAUACACAAGUUCCAGAUGCUCAUCAAGCACACGAUGGGAUUCACUAUCCCACUCUUUCAUGCUCGUGGGGUCUUCAAUUAUGACGUGGGACUGAUGCCCUAUCGUCGUCCAUUGAACAUUGUGGUUGGGCGACCUAUCCAGGUCAUCCAGCAGCAAAAUAGGGAUCAAAUUGACGAUGAAUACAUUGAAGAGCUCCACUCAAAGUACAUAGAGGAGCUGAAACGAUUGUGGGAACGGAAUAAAGAGGUGUAUGCGAAGGACCGAAUUUCCGAGGUCGAAAUAGUUGCAUGA